UUAUUCUCACAUCUUUGAGUUUUGGGUAUUAAAUAACAAUUUUAUCUAUUUAACAAAAUAAACUAUCCAUACUUGAGGUUUUCAGCCUCCCCCCUUGAUUUUCCACCCUUCCUUACCACUCUCCUCAAAUUAAUUUUCCUCUCUCUCUCUCUCUGCCAUCCGUUUUCUACAGUUUGUCCAUGUGCUACAAUUGUUGAUGGACACAAUAUAAUUGCUGUUUGACUAAAAAUUAAGUUAAGUCAUAAGUGUAUUGCUUUCAUUCAAGCUUUUAUUUUUAUUGGGUUUUUAUUGCUUUUCUUUUCUGGGUUUUAUCUUGUUUGUGUACCCUUCUCCAUUUUUAUUGGAUUAGAUUAGAAUUCAUGUUUACUUGUGUAUUUGAUGUUAAUGUAUAUGCCCAUUUCAUAUUUAGGGCAACCCAUUUGCAAUUUAUAAAUGGUUUUGUUGUCUGCUUGCUCAAGGACUGAUUUCCCCCAGUUUUUCCGGGUUAAUUUCCCGGGUUGUACUUGUAAACUGAGUAAAUUUGGUUCUACUGGGAUAGUUAGUAUAAAUGGAAGUUGGGAUUGUAGUUUUUCCUUGGUAGGGUUUCAUAGGAGUAGGAAAAGGAGGUGUCUUGGGGAGGAUUUGCAUAAGAAUUUGGGACAAAAAUGGGUAUUUCAGGCUUAUGCUAUAUCGCGUAACGAUGGUAGUACUAAUUUUAAUGUACAAGUAUCGAAUUCUGCUAGUUAUGGUGCCAAAAGGAUUUUAAUAAGCCAGUUUUCGAAUGAAUUUGAGGGUGAUGAUGCUAAUAGGGAAUUGUCUGAAGAAUCAAUUCAAUUGGGGUCUAGUUUUACCAAUUUUCAGCAAGACCCAAUUGUAGAUAAACUCAGGACUCAACUAGGAGUAAUUCAUCCUAUCCCUUCGCCUCCGAUAAAUCGGACUGUCAUCAGCUUGUUUGUGUUUUUCUUCUUUGUUGGGGUAGCUUUUGACAAGGUAUGGACACGUUUGAAAAGGAAAAGGUCCGAUACUCAGCUCGCAUUGUGGCGUCAAACGCCCCUUACCCUUUCGAUGUUUUUAGAGAAGGAUUUGCAGAGAAAAGAGUCGGUUGAAUGGGUAAACAUGGUGCUGGGAAAGUUGUGGAAGGUUUACAGGUCUGGUCUUGAAAAUUGGAUAGUUGGUCUGCUUCAACCUGUAAUUGACGAUAUAGCGAAACCAGAUUAUGUACAGAGAGUGGAGGUGAAGCAGUUCUCAUUGGGGGAUGAGCCUUUGUCUGUAAGAAGUGUGGAGCGCAGAACUUCUCGUCGUGUGAAUGACUUGCAGUACCAAAUAGGUCUUCGUUACACUGGUGGUGCUCGUAUGCUCUUAAUGCUCUCACUGAAAAUUGGUAUAAUCCCCUUAGCUGUGCCGGUUGAUGUUCGUAAUUUUGAUAUUGAUGGGGAGCUCUGGGUGAAACUGCGUUUGAUACCCACAGAGCCCUGGGUCGGAGCUGUUUCGUGGGCCUUUGUUGAUCUUCCCAAAAUAACAUUUGAUUUAUCACCAUUUUGGCUGUUCAAUUUAAUGGCUAUACCUGUCCUUUCCACGUUCUUAAUAAAACUAUUGACUGAAGAUUUACCAAGACUCUUUGUCCGCCCGAAGAAGAUUGUUUUAGAUUUUCAGAAAGGGAAAGCUGUUGGGCCUGUGCCUGAUCUUUUUAAAUCUGCGGAUGUUCAAGAGAAAAAUAAAGAUUCUGUUGGAGAAUUGUCUGUGACUCUUGUUGAUGCACGUAAUCUUUCAUAUGUUCUAUAUGGUAAGACAGAUCCAUAUGUUGUUUUACGUCUUGGAGAUCAAACAAUCCGAAGUAAGAAGAAUAGUCAAACCACUGUCAUUGGCCCGCCAGGUGAACCAAUUUGGAAUCAGGACUUUAAUGUGCUAGUUGCAGAUCCUAAAAAACAGAUACUGUACAUUGAAGUUGUGGACUCUCUUGGUUUUGCAAAUAUGACAAUUGGUACUGGCGAGAUUGAUUUAGCUACUCUCCAAGAUACAGUUCCCACAGACAAAGUCGUUGUCUUGACUGGGGGUUGGAAUUUGAUAAGAAAAAGAAAUGCUGGUGAAUUACUUCUUCGGCUGACAUAUAAAGCAUAUGUGGAAGAUGAGGAAGAGGAGGGGGUAAAAGCACAAGUAGUCUCAGAGGAUGAUUCUUCUGAUGCUGAUGAACCUGAUCUUACUUACCAGCAGAUGCAAGAGGCUCGUGUCGGAGAUAAAGAUAGAGAAUCUUUCAUGGAUGUCCUUGCUGCUUUAAUUGUGAGCGAGGAGUUUCAAGGAAUAGUAACAUCUGAAACUGGAAAUCCAAAAUUUGGAGACAAUGUUAAUAUUGUAGACAUUACCACUUCAAAGCGGGAUGAUGGCCUUUUAGCGGAAUCUGUUUCUUCAGGGGUUGACAGUGGAGGAGAAAGUAAACAAGGGUCUGUGCUUUUCUGGCUUGCUGUGGUUACUAGUAUUGCAGUUGUAAUAGCUCUGAAUGUUGGUGGGUCCGGUAUCUUUAAUCCUUGAUGUUUCUCCUACCAGUAUUGAUCUUUUUUUGAAGGGUGCGAGUUUUUACCGAAGAAACUGAUGAUAUGACUCGUCCCAUGUCAUGGUAGCUGAGUGUUGUUUAUACAAAUUGAUGUAAUUCCAGUUGACUCAACAAUAAUUCCUUUGAGUUGGGGAAUUUUGUGCAUGAUCCCCUUUAUUAUAGGCUUAACUGUAAAUUUUAACUCAGUUUCCCAUUCUUUUUCAUGUAAGUUUGGGUGCCUGAUAUUAUAUAAACCACACGUAAUUUUUGGAUGAAACUGAUUCUUUAACAUUCUCACCAUCUCUGCUGAAAAUGUAUAUUUGGGAUUGGAGUU